GGAUCAGACGGAGGCUCCUGUGUGUGAGCGGCCUCUGCAUCAUGUGACGCGGCUCACAUGCAGCAGGAUGCUGAUAAAAAUAACUCGCUGGGUCACACAGAGUCCGGUCACAGCGUGUGGGUCAGGAUCAGUAAACAAGCUGGUGAAAGUGGAUGGCGUCCGGACGCUAACAGGGACGCAGGUGCGAUGGGUCCGAACAGGAAGGUGGACGUCCCGGUGUACGAUCUGUCCAUGGUCCGAGGCAUCUGGGAGGUGCGAGUGAAGAAGCACAGACACAGGCAGAAGAAGGAGCAGGAGCGAAUGGAGAAGAGCGCCCUCGCCAGGAUUGAUCAGCAGUGGCAGUAUCGCAUCUACUGUAAGACUCUGAAGACCAAAGAGCUGGACCAGCUGCAUCUCUACCUGGAGAGAUCCACCCUGAGCGACGUCCAGCCACGCGGGGGACGUCUGGAGCAGAAAACAGAAGUGCAGCAGCAGGACAAGAGGGUCCAGCAGGAGGAGGAACAUCCAGGUCAGAAGAGUCUGGUCUUCCAGCUGGAGGGAGAUGGCUGGAUGGACGUUCCCCGGGAGCUGCAGUGGAGGACCUACCUGCAGGAGUGGCACAUCCGGAGGACAAGGAUCCGCCAGCUGCCGGACUUCCUGGCUCUGUUCACACAGCUCACCGUCCUGGAGAUUCCCAAAAACCUGCUGACGGAGCUGCCGCCGGAGAUCGGGAAGCUGAGCGAGCUCCGGACGCUGAACGUCAGCUACAACCGUCUGUCCAGGGUUCCUGCGGAGCUGGGCCAAUGCGAGAGGCUGGAGAGGCUGGAACUGGCGGGGAACCGCUGCCUGCGCGAGCUGCCGUUUGAGCUCAGCAGCCUGAAGCAGCUGCUGCACCUGGACAUCUCGGAGAACUGCUUCGUCUCCAUCCCCGUCUGUGCUCUGAGGAUGACGAGCCUGCAGCUGCUGGAUCUCAGCAACAACCACCUGACCGACCUGCCGCAGGACAUGGACAGGCUGGAGGAGCUCGUCACCUUGUACGUCCACAAGAACAACUUGUCUUACCUCCCGCUGUGUCUCACCAACAUCUCCACCCUGAAGAUGAUCGUGGUCAGCGGCGAUGAGCUGACCUGCGUCCCGACCAAGCUGUGCACCGACCCGCAGCUCAAGUUCAUCCGCCUCUACGACAACCCGUCCAGCCAGAAGAGCAGGAAGAAGGAGGAGGAGAAGAAGAGGAAGGAGAAGGAGAAGAGGAGGAGGUGGAGGGAGCAGGAGGAGGUGAAGGACAGCAGCGAGAAAGAGUUUAUGGAGGCGUACAUCGGCACGCUGAAGGACAGAGACACCGUCCCCUACUCCACCACCAAGGUGUCCAUCUCCUGUCUGCUGUGAGGAAGACGACGAAGAGUCCCAGCUGGACCCGGAUCCUGGAUGAAGCUCAGCGCCGAGGUUCUGCAGAGUCCAAAGCGGCUGGAUGUCAGCGCGGAUCAGAACGUCAUUAUGUUCAGUUUAUUACAGUUAAAAUCAUUUUAAAAUAUCUCAGACUAGGAGAAGAAAAUUUAUUUUUUCUAUGCUAAAUUAAUCAAGAAUAUCAACAUUUAAUAACAUUUUAACUACAUUUUCCCAGUGGUUUAAAUUUCAGGAAACAUUCUCUAAGAUAAUUUCUAUGCCGAUGUUUUGUUAUAAAUGAGACAUUAAUGUCAGGAUGAAUAAUUCCUGUAGAUUUUUGUAAAGGCCUUUAAAUUUGGCAGCAGACUGUAGUUUGUUUCAUUAUCUUUAAAUUUCUAUUUAAAAAUCAGAAUCCAAGCAAUUUAAUUCACAGUGGAGUGACCUCCUCGUAUUUUUUUUUUUAAAUAAUUUUGUGUUUUCUGAAGCUUUAAAAGUCCAGAAACAGAAAAAAGUAUGAAUGUUUGAAAGCCGUUAACUGGGCGGCUGCAGAACGGUUCCAGGGUUUAACCUCAGGAUGAUGCUUUGUGGCUUUUUGCUUUGAAAUAAUUAGGAGACCAAAUAGAUUUUUAUAGAUUUGUUAAUUGAAAGGUUUUAACAACAUUUGAUGUGAAUAUGCAUCUACAUGACCUUAGUUUGACCUUUUCCUGUGUUGAAGUUUAAUUACUAAGAUUUUCAAAUUAAUGUGUUGUUUUAUGUUUGGAAUAAAAUUUGUAUUUUUUUCCAUUUCAUUAAAAAAAGUUUCUAUUUUCACUGAAGUGCCAUCCAGAUGUUUCUAACAUCUUUCCAUAGUUUUUUUUUUAGACUCGAGUAAAUGUUUUUGUGUGAAAAGUAUUUUCAUUUUCCUAAAAGCUUCUGGCAAGAAUUUCCAAAUGCUUUAAAUAAAAUGUGUUUUAAAUAUC